AUGUGGCUCUUGGAGCAGGAAAAUGUCUUCGAGGGCCGACAGCUCUGGCUUCGCCCCGGCAAGCUCUACCUCUUUGGCCGCACAGCCUCGGAACCGGGCCAGCUUGCCAUCUCCCACAAGACCAUCUCCCGGAAGCACAUGACCAUCAAAAUCGAGCCGGUAGCCGAUGGCCGCAGCCAAAGUAUCUCGAAGCGAUCCACUGUAACGAUCGAAGAUCUCGCGACGAAGACGGGCACAACGAUCGACGGCGAGAAGUACAAGGGAGACAAGCAUGUCGUCUCCAACAAUGUCGCGGAGAUCAAGCUGGGAGGCUGCCCUGACAUUUUCCGGCUCUCGUGGCACCCUGUUGUGCUGAGCUUCAGCUUCACGAGCCGCGAAAUGCGAGAAGACCCAGCCCGCCGACUCCGCGACAUGCUCGAACAGCUCGACAUCAAAUUCACAUUUGACUACAACAUCCAACACACGACACAUGUGGUGGCGAAGAAGAGGAAUACGUCCAAGGGGCUGCAGGCGCUCAUCAACGGCCGGUACAUCGUCACCGACUCGUUCGUCGACGCCAUCGUGGCGGCUGCGCUGCCGCCCGACGGGGCCGAAGCAACAGAGGCGUCGGCUCUGGAGCAAGACUUUCAGGCCUCCUGGCCAAACCCUCUCGAGCACCUCCCGCCUCGCGGCGGCGAGCCUGUGGAACGGCCGCCGGACGCGUAUGCUCCGGAUGAAGCGCGGAAAGAGAUUUUUGAGGGUUACACAUUCAUCUUCUACGACAGAAACCAGUAUGACAAUCUCCUGGCGCCGAUCACCAAUGGCGGCGGCAAGGCGCUGCACACCGAGGUCACCCCCGAAAAGACAACCGUGGACGACUUUGUGCUGUUUGUCAAGACGGAGGCGGGCGAGAAGGGCCUUGGGUCUUUCGAGGACGGGAGCGAAGGACGCGGCGUGGUCGUCGUCCGCUUCACCCCUGAUAAGGGUGACCACACUGAAUGGUACGCGUCGUUUUUCUAUGAGACAUCGCUUCGGCUGGACCACCGCCCCAUUGAACAAAAUGAGUUUCUCGAGGCUAUCCUCGCCAAGGAUGCCAGCAUAUUACGGAGGCCUCUGCAGACCGAAACAGUCCAGGACAGCCCGCCUAGAGCAGCGCGGAACCAAGCAGCGACCAAAGGCGGCGAUGCCAUGGAGACGGAUCCUGCGCCAGCCCCAGAUGCGCCAUCACAGGACAUCUCGGAGUCUUCGAUACCUGGCCCACGACGUGGCCGCACGAGACGACAAGCGACGAGACGGUUUGCAGGGUUCGAUGAUGACUCUGACGACGACGAUAAGGGCAAUGUGCCACAGGCUUCCAUGCCGAACACACGAGCCAGCGGGCCUGCCGAGGAAGCAGAAGACGAAGACGAAGAAGAAGGUCUUUUCGUGUCCCAAGACCGCCGGGAAGAAGCGCCCGCCACCAGAUCCCAGCGCAAGCGGCCAGCGCCCGACUCAGCAGACCUCAUGGACGGCCUCAUCCCCACAGCAGCAGCCGCCAAGCGCCGGCGCAUCGAAGCCGGCGAGGACCCGAUCCGGCGGCAGUCGCCCGACGAACCCGAGGAGCCAGCGCAGCCAAAGCCGGCGCCGAAAAAGGUCAAGAGGGAGAUCGACGUCCUGGAGGAAGCACGCAAGCGUCGCGAGGAAAUGGAGGCCCGCGCCAAAGCGGAGCGCGACGACCUCGCCAAUGUGCCCUCGGACAUUGAUCUCGACGCCAUCCGCCGCCUCCACAUCGUGGAAGAGAUGGAACUGCGGAAACCGGGUGGGGACGCACGCGCGAGCAGGACAUUGCCGACGGACGCGAUGAAGAAGAGGCCAUCGAGGAGACGCUGGCUGAGGGCUGCGCCGGUGACGCGCAUCAGGGGCACCAGAAGCACGGCGACCGAGUCGCUGAGUACGGGGCCGACGUCGAGCCGCAGCCAGGCGACUGGGCGUACGACUCAAGGGAAGAGGCCUGCCGCGGAGGCGUCGAGUGAACCGCCGGCCAAGAGGCCACGGCCUGUGCGACAGAUUGUCGAGGUUCGCGAUAGCGACGAGAGCGACGACGAGUUGAAGUUUAAGUUUGGCCGACGGCGGUAG